AAUACAUGUGCUUCUCUAAAACCGUGGUCUACGAGCCAUCAAUCCAAAUUCACCACUGACCCAAAAGCAUGGCGUCGAUGCUUGAGUUCCGCACGCCGGGCUGGAACCCUUACGCCGUAAAGUACUCGCCGUACUACGACUCGCGCAUCGCUGUCGCAUCCGCUGCUAAUUAUGGUAUCGUGGGGAACGGGCGCGUGUUCUGCCUCGGGCUGGGGCCGCAGGGUGUGCAGAUCGAGAAGACAUUUGAUACGAACGAUGCCCAAUAUGACCUCGCCUGGUCCGAAAUUAACGAGAACCAGCUACUGGUCGCAUGCGGCGAUGGCUCGAUAAAGCUCUACGAUUUGAAUGUAAACGAAUUCCCAGUGAUGAACUUCCACGAACACAAGCGAGAAACAUUUUCAGUAGCAUGGAGUCCCGUUACCAAAGACACCUUCGCAUCUAGUUCCUGGGACGGAACCAUUAAAAUCUGGUCGCCAGCCAGCAAAGACUCCCUCCAAACCCUACCCGUCGGGACCUGCACCUACAGCACAUCCUACUGCCCCUCAAACCCAUACCUAAUCUCCGCCGUAUCCUCCGACUCACACCUUCGCAUCUUCGACCUACGCACACCAGCUGGCGCGCAAUACCACCUAAUAACCAAAAUCCCCGUGCACAUCCCCUCCCCGGUCCCUCCGCCUAUACAAGGCCCCGCCCCUCCCGCCGCGCCCGGCGAGAUAUUAACACAUGAUUGGAACAAGUACAACCACACCGUAAUAGCAACAGGUGGUGUCGAUAAAGUGAUCCGCACCUUUGAUAUACGGAACCCGGCUGCGGGGCCCGCGUCUGUGAUGAUGGGGCAUGAAUACGCGAUUCGAAGACUGGCUUGGAGUCCGCAUGCUAGUGAUAUUUUGAUAAGUGGGAGUUACGAUAUGACGGUCCGGUUAUGGACCGAUGGAUCCACCAUGCCAGCACAGCAGGAAUCCCCCGUAAAAGCGGGAAUCCAACUCGGUGUUAUGAACCGACAUACUGAGUUCGUGACGGGUGUUGAUUGGUGUUUAUUUGGUGUAGGCGGGUGGGUAGCUACGGUGGGAUGGGAUGAGAGGGUAUUAUUGUGGGAUGCGAAUAGGAUGUUGCAAGGGCAAGCAUAGCUGUCCAACCUCAUUGUUUGAAAAUAGUAGAAAAUGGUGAAUUGGGGAUAUCAAGAGAACGUAGGAUGGCGCUCUGUAUAUGGGAGUCUUGCAUUGGGAGGCGUUCGGGGAGGUAGUGGGGAAUCGUUACUGAUACCAACUAUACUUGAGAUGGCAUAUAUAUUGACUUAGAUGGAAUAUAGGACUAUUUCUCGGCUUCAUAUUAAUUUCCCCUGUCGCUCAUGUGCCUUUCAGGACCGUAUCAUGAAGAGUCAGGCACAUAAG